UUGGAGGACGACGACGACAGAGAGAGAAGCGCAAAAAUAUCAGAGAGAGUGAGAAGCACAAGAAUUAAAAAUCUUACCUUUUUCCAUAACUGUGAAGAAUCCACAGAAAACUUUCUGGAGUGUUUAUGAAUUGUGAGCUGGAAAGGACGAAGCUUUAAGAUUUUGGUUUCUUCGUCUUUGCUGAAUUGAUUCGUCAGGAUGCUUUGCUUGAGAUAUUCAUUACCUUAUCUUCUUCAAACAAGGGAAUCAACUAAGCUAUUCUCCAAAAGGCCUAACAACGUUGUGGUUUGUGCGGCUAGAGGUCCCAGACCUCGGUCUCCUCGAGUAUGGAAAACAAGGAAGAGGAUUGGAAGUAUCUCCAAGGCUGCUAAAAUGAUUGCUUGCAUAAAAGGAUUGUCGAAUGUUAAAGAAGAAGUUUAUGGCGCUCUUGAUUCCUUCAUUGCUUGGGAAUUAGAGUUCCCUCUUGUUAUAGUUAAGAAGGCAUUAGUCAUACUUGAAGAUGAAAAAGAGUGGAAGAAGAUUAUUCAGGUGACGAAAUGGAUGCUGAGUAAAGGCCAAGGAAGAACAAUGGGAACUUACUUCUCAUUACUAAAUGCUUUAGCAGAAGAUAAUCGGCUUGACGAAGCUGAGGAAUUGUGGAACAAAUUAUUCAUGGAACAUUUAGAAGGAACUCCAAGAAAGUUCUUCAACAAAAUGAUCUCUAUAUAUUACAAGCGAGAUAUGCACCACAAGCUCUUCGAGGUCUUUGCUGACAUGGAGGAACUUGGAGUAAAACCAAACCUUGCCAUUGUGUCUAUGGUCGGAAAAGUGUUUGUGAAAUUAGAGAUGCAGGAUAAGUACGAGAAACUUAUGAAGAAAUAUCCUCCACCACAGUGGGAGUUCAGAUACAUCAAAGGAAGACGCGUUAAGGUUAAGGCAAAACAGCUAAAUGAGCUAAGUGAAGGUGAAGGCGGCUUAAGCAGCGACGAAGAUAAGGUUGGCAAUGAGAUUGAGAGUAAAUCUAAUAUGUUGUCAGAUAAGGAAGCAAACCAAGAUGGUGAGGAUCUCAGUGAAGAGGAAGAAGAAGAAGAAGAAGAUGAAGAUGAAGAAGAAGAACUUUUGGGUACGAAUUAAGGGCAGAUUGGAACUUCUACGGAACCCUCUCUAGAUCAUUUGGACUCUUCAUGACUUAAAAGGGUUUGCUUCAUGAGCUUUUGAGUUCAUAUCUACCGUUGGAUCAUGUAAGGAAAAGAGAUCAACGGCCAUAUAUUCUGAGACUAAGCUUGGGUUUCUGACGAAAACAUGACCAUAGAGGUUUUGAACUUUUAAGGUUAAAGAGCUUUGAAGAUUCAAAAACAAGAUAUAAACUUAAGAGUCAACUAAACAGAGUAUAAAACUCACCAAAAUUGUAAAAGUCUGUUGAUUAUCUGUGUAGGUUUUGAAGACAAAAACAAUGGUAUUUCAGAUCAUAAUUCCUUAAUUGUACUUUUUACUCUUCAUCUGA